UUGGCAACAUGUAAUAUAUUUUUGAUAACUCAGAUAACUCGUGCGUUACGAUUAUUCAUCAUGGUUCAUUUUCAAUUUUCAUCAUAAUUUUCUGUUUUCUUCCUGUUCGAAACGUGAAAGUGUUGUGUUUUUUUGAAUUUAAAUUCUACGAAUAGUUGUAAUACUCUCUAUCAUAUAUCAAAAUGGAACCCGAACAAAUGGAAGUCGACGAUACGUCAUCGAAAAAGUACAUCGCUCAGGGUGGUGUUCCCAGUGUAACUGUUUCGCUUCAUCCACUGGUGAUAAUGAACAUUUCUGAACACUGGACCCGAGUUAGAGCUCAAGAAGGUAAAGCUCAACAAGUCGUCGGAGCUCUGAUAGGAAAGCAGGUUGGAAGAAAACUGGAGAUUAUGAAUUCAUUUGAACUUCUGUUGACGAAAAUAGACAACGACAUGAUCAUAGACAAAGCGUAUUAUACCACAAAAGAAGAACAGUUCAAACAAGUGUUUUGCGAUAUGGAUUUCCUCGGAUGGUAUACUACUGGUGGCGAUUUGCCCAAUGAAUGCGAUGUCAAGAAUCACAAACAAGCGUGUACGAUUAACGAAAGUCCUAUAUUAUUGAAGCUGAAUCCUUACGCCGGUCAUACAGACUUACCUGUUACAUUGUACGAAUCCGUUAUUGAUCUCGUUAAUGGCGAAGCCACUAUGUUAUUCGUAGAAGUUCAGUAUACUUUGGCUACCGAAGAAGCAGAGCGAAUUGGUGUUGAUCAUGUUGCUCGGAUGGCGAGUAGUGAUACCGGCGAAAGUUCUUUGGUUGCGGAACAUUUAUCAGCUCAAUACAACGCUAUAAAAAUGUUACAUACUCGAGUUAAAAUGGUACUAGAAUACGUGAAAGCUGUACAAAACAAAGAAUUACCCAAUAAUCACGAAAUUCUCAGAGAACUGUCUUCGUUAACUCAUCGAUUACCUGUUAUGCAGUCUCCCAAAUUCAACGCCGAAUUUUAUAACCAAUGUAACGAUGUAGCGCUUAUUACGUACUUGGGAUCUAUUACUAAAAGUUGUAACAAUAUGAAUCAGUUCGUGAAUAAAUUCAACAUAUUGCAUGAUCGUCAAGGUUUGGGAAGAAAAGCUCGCGGAUUAUUUUUCUAAUUAAGUAUAAUAUUUUUAAGUGAAAAGAAGUAAGAAAUAUGAAUAAUAUAAAAUUUUUAUUACAAUAAAUAUGUUUAUAAUUGGU